AUGUCGUCGCUAGUACCAUUAUGCGAAUACUGCUCCCAGAUCCCUCUUGACCCAAAGGCGCUGGAUGCGGAAUCGGAGCGUGUGCAGACUGGCCGGACAUGGUCCCUUGGGGAUUGUGUUCGGAUCAAGAACAGUUCAUGUCCAUUGUGUCGUCUUGUUUUGUCUCACUUGUACCCAGGUCUAACCACUGCGUUCACCGCUGAAAUUAAGCUUCGUUGGACAUUGGGGUAUGUCGGGCGCCAGGCUUUUGUGACUUAUCUUGCUCGACCUGAAACCUGUAUUGGCUUCAGUUCAGGCAUGGAGACGGCUGAUCAUCCUGAUCCUACCUCGAGAUUUUUUCUUGAGCCGUGGACGGGCCCUAUACUGGAAACUUCUAGGAUCUUACGCUGGAUCUCAUCUUGCGAGCAGCUCCAUCGCUCAAAAUGUGCGAUGCCGACGAGCAUACCAUUUGCCGAAGCAUAUCCUGGUCUCAAUGUCCUCCGCUUCAUUGAUAUCGAGGACAGCUGUAUCGUAGAAAGGACAGGGCUUGAGAAAUAUACCGCCCUGAGCUAUGUAUGGGGGGGCGUCUCAAACUUUCGACUGACAAAGGCGAAUCGAACGGCACUACUCAUGCCAGGCGCUCUGAAUGAGGUCGGUGGGUUACUGCCUCACACUAUCACAGACGCUAUCAUGCUGACAGAGCGUCUUGGUUGUCGAUACCUAUGGGUAGACGCGCUUUGUCUGCUGCAGAAUGACACUGAGGACUUGGAGCUAGGCGUCAAUGUUAUGGAUCUUGUUUACGAGAGAGCUUGGUUAACAAUUAUCGCAGCCUGUGGCCAUGAUGCUAACGCGCGACUCCCUGGUGUCCAGGAAGGAACAAGGGGUGGCUCUAAAAACACAUUCGAGAUUUUGCCUGGCGUUGAGAUGGGAAUUGUGACGGGGCUGUAUGGAUUGCUCCAAAACUCAGUCUAUAGCUCCAGAGCCUGGACGCUUCAAGAGCAAUUCUUAUCUCACCGAGUUCUCUACUUCAUCGGCAACAAGGUCUUCUAUAGUUGCCGUGCAGCAGAGCAUGCCGAGCACCUUGUAGACGACCUAUCACAAACCUCUCUUGACCCGAUAGCGGGAGAUACGCUUCCGUUUGACGUACUCAUGAGUUACCCGAUGUUACCCUUACGUACCAUGCUCUGUUCCUAUACAAAAAGGGUCUUAACAAACCAGAACGACACGUUGCGGGCCAUGGCUGGGAUUAUCAGGCGAAUUGGAGAGCUAAUGAAGUGCAGCUUCUUCGAGGGGCUUCCAACAGCCAUACUUGACUUGUUCAUAAUAUUCCAUCCAUUCCCUACCGUUCUUUACCGGCGCUCCGCAUUUCCAAGUUAUUCGUGGACAGGCUGGCGCGGUUCUAUCGACUUUGAAAUGCCUGGUAACGGCGACGUAGACCUCAAUGAGUGGCUCAGAGACCAGACAUGGAUCAUCUGGUAUCAGCGGAGGCCUUCUGGUAUCACCAGUCUUGUGUGGGAUCUGGAUGCAAACCCAUCAUUCCCACUGCCAGAUUUGCAGUAUGUGGGAUAUCGUCACAGACGCCCUUUCGCCGAUGGUCGACACGUUCCCAGACAACUAGACACAAGGCGAACCAUGCCGACCGAAAAGGUGUCCUUCUCUCGGGAAGUGCCUUCUUACCCUAUGCUACAGUUCUGGACCAUUUCGCUGUUCUACAGAAUCUUUGACAUUGAUGUCUUCAGGGCCACUGGAUAUCUUCAAGAUUCUAACCACAAGAAAUGCGGUUUUGUUUGGGUGGAUGGCUUUGGAGAAACCGAGUUCUUUGAAUCGCGCGGUUUCUUUGAGAUAAUCCUUCUUUCCGAGACAUCCGAACCUAUUUCUUUGGCUAACCAUUGGGUGCAAGAGAAUCACCCAUAUCCUCUAGCAGCAGGUCAAUGGAAGUAUUAUCAUAUCAUGAUUCUGGAGUGGCAAGGUGGGAUAGCUGAAAGACGAGGGUUUGGUCUGCUUCAUCAGGGUGCAGUUGAGUUUAGUCUACCUCCUGGUCCGUCUUGGAAGGAAAUAUUUCUAGCAUAA